CAGCAGCAGCAGCCCGUGGUAGCUGGUUCCGUUUGCAGUAAUUAAUAAAAGUGUGAUUCGGAUCAAAGGUGCGCGGAUCUAGGAUGGACAUGAAGAAGAGAAUCCACCUGGAGUUACGGAACCGGACUCCGUCAGACGUCAAAGAACUUGUGCUUGACAACUGUCGCUCGAACGACGGUAAGAUAGAAGGUCUAACGGACGAGUUUGAGGAGUUGGUAUUCCUGAGCACAAUCAAUGUUGGCCUGACGACGGUCGCCAACUUGCCGAAGCUAAAUAAACUGAAAAAGCUUGAACUCAGCGAUAACCGGAUCUCAGGAGGGCUGGAAGUGCUGGCAGAGAAAUGUCCAAACCUCACACAUCUCAAUCUCAGCGGGAACAAGAUUAAAGACCUCAGCACAAUAGAACCGUUGAAAGAGUUGGCGACGCUGAAAAGUUUAGAUUUGUUUAACUGUGAAGUCACAAACCUGAACGAGUACAGAGACAACGUCUUCAAGUUUGUGCCGCAGCUCAUCUACCUGGACGGCUAUGACAAAGACGACGAAGAGGCGCCGGAUUCGGACGCAGAGGUUUACGCAGAGGGACUAGAUGACGACGACGACGAUGACGACGAUGUAGAUGAAGAAGAGUAUGAUGACGAUGCAGCACCGGGUGAGGAAGAGGAGGACGAAGGAGAGGAAGAUGAAGACGAGGAAGAUGAUGACCUGAGUGGAGAGGACGAAGAGGAGGAUGACUUGAACGACAGAGAAGAUGAGGAAGAUGAAGCAGAGGAACAGCGAGGUGAGAAGAGAAAACGGGAGCUGGACGAGGAAGGGGACGAGGACGAAGACGACUGAGUCCACCUGAAGCUAAGUUGUGAACUGUUUUAAAACCUGUUUCUUCUCGGUCACUCCCCAACAGUCCCACCUCUUUCCCGUGUUUGAUAUUGGAGUAGGAGUGGUUUUUGUUCUCAGCCAGUCAGGUCGAGGGGGAGGGGUUUCUGGAGAUGCCCUAAACUAAUGAACCUUUGAUGCUCCCACUGUCGUCUCCUCGGUGGACUUGGAUUUUGUAAUAUUGUUGAAAAGACGACCUUUUUAAGAAAUGUUUUCUUUCUCAUCGAUUGUAUGACGAGUUUCUGACGAACACUCCCCAUUUAAAAAAACAAACAAACAAAUACUCCCCCCCCUUCCCCAGUGCAUGUCUAACAUAUUUCAGAGUCGACUACUGGAACAUGUACGCUGUUGUGUCCGCGACUUAAACUUGCUUUGACUUUCUUUUGUGUUAAGCGUAAGUUAUGUGUUGGUAGUGUCGCCGGUUUGCCCAAACCCUCCGCUGUCCUGGUGUGAGUCUUCUGUCUGAAUGUGCACAGUGUGACCUGUAGGGGGUGUGUUUAAAAAAAAAAAAAAAAAAAAAAAAAAUCACAAUGAUGUCUGCCCUCGUCGGAGCUCCGCCUCCUCCUUAAACCCUCAGCUUUGAUAGUUCGGAAAUUACGUGUUCUUGUAAAUAAUGACCAAAUCUAUUUUUUUGUAUUCUCUUUGACGGGGGCAGACGUCACGUGGACUGAGGUGUGUUAUAGUGAGAUAUGAAAUAUGUAAGCUGCUUUAUCUGGAAUACACAGUGCGACAUUUCCGGAAUUUGACAAAUAACUUUGUGUAAUCUUAACCGGGUUGACGUCACCGUUCAGUCGGCUGGUUUUAGGUUUUGCCCCCGUCUCUGUGCAUUUGGUGAUGUUUAAUGAAAUGUUUGAGGUAAAUGGAAGGUGAAAAUAUUGAGUUUGAACGUGUGAGUUCUGCUUGGAUUUUGGUCAGUUUGGCCUACCUCAGUGAUUUCUUUUUUUUUUUUUUUCUCCCCCUCUCACUUUUAAAAUUCACUGUCAUCAGCCAAAUUGUUUUUCCCUUCGUUAAUGUCAAUAAAUUCAUUUUAUAUAUGCUUUGAA